AUGUCGGGAACUAAAAUAUGGCCAGAACUAGUGGGACGCACGUUUCAAGAAGCAUCUCUAAGAAUCCUUGCAUUUGAUAACCGUUUACAUCCAUACAAUGCGAGAAAUGGCAUGGAAAAUCGAAUGCUUGACCCGCACCGUGUUGUAUGCGUGACAAAUGAUGCUGAUAUUGUCACUACUCCACCACAAUAUACAUACCGCUAA